AUGAAUAUUAUAUCGUUCAAUAUAAGAGGAAGUGGGAGCUCUUUAAAGAGGAAAAAGGGCAACAAAUAUGUGGAGUGGACUGCUUCUCAUUCUCAGGGAGCUUCAGGAGGUAUGGCUAUUCUGUGGAGAAAAUUUUCUGACUCUGUUUUUGUCAAUUACAGCUUUUCUGGGUUAGGGUACGUAGGCAUUAAUGUUAAUUGGAAGGGUGUGACGUAUAACCUUGUUAAUAUCUAUGCUUCAUGUCAAGCUACUGAAAGGAGGUCGUUGUGGAGUAAUUUAGUAGAGAGAAAGUUGGCUUCUGGUAAUAUUGAAUGGUGCUUAGGAGGGGAUUUUAAUGAAGUCAUUAGACGAGAAAGAAUGAGGUUAAGGGGAAGUCACAGCAGUAGGAAUAUGGCAGAUUUUAGAAGGUUUAUUGAGGAUAUGGAUCUUAUGGAUGUUGCUUGUAUUGGUGGAAGGUUUACGUGGUACAAAGGGAACGGCACGACAAUGAGUCACCUUGAUCGGUUUCUUGUAUCAAAUAACAUGAUUGAAGAUUGGAGUUUUAUUGACCAAAGAGUGGGAGAGAGGGACGUUUCUGACCACUGUCAUAUAUGGCUCAAUGUGGGGAAGUUAGAUCGGGGACCUAAGCCCUUUAGGUUCAUCAAUACUUGGUUCAAUCAUGAAGGAUUUUUUCCGUUCUUAAAGGAGGAAUGGGGAAAAUUAGAAGUGCAAGGGCGUGGGAAUUUUGUUUUAUAUGAAAAAUUGAGGAGAAUGAAACUUAUUAUUAAGAAGCGGAAUAGAGAUAUUUUUGGUUGGAUUAAUUUACAUGUUAGUGAAAAGGUAGAUAACCUGAAUUUUCUAGACAUAAUGAUUGUUGAACACCGUGAAGAAGAUAUUUCUUCUAUGGUGGAAGAUAGAUAUAAUGUAACAGGGGAGCUUUGGAAAUCUUUGAGACUAAAGGAAGGUAUGUUAAGACUGAAAUCUAGGCAACUAUGGCUUAAAGAAGGAAACAAGAAUUCUCGGUUUUUUCAUAAUUCAUUGAGGAAUAGAAGGAGGAGGAGGAGGAUUGCAAUAACAUCGAUUAUGGGGAGGAGGGGUUUGGUAGAAGGAGUGGCAGAAGUGAAAGAAGAAUUGAAAAGUAAUUUUGAAGAGUUUUUUAGAGAUAGUAGUGAAAACAGACGUGUUCCAGCUGAGGUGAACUUUAAUCGUCUAAGUGAGGAGGAUAACUUUCAAAAGGAUGCAAGGCUAACAAAAGCUGUUUCUUCUUCUUUCAUUACGCUUGUUCCUAAGAUUGCUAAUCCCCAAGCUCUUCAUGAAUUCAUACCUAUAUGUUUAGUGGGAAGUUUGCAUAAGAUCCUCUCAAAACUGGUGGCUGCCAAAAUUAAAGUAGUGAUCGAAAAUCUUGUUUUGGUUAAUCAAUUAGCCUUUGUUCCCGGUCGAAAUAUACUAGACAGAGUUCUUUUGAUCAAUGAGGCGUUGGAUAUGGACUAUGUUUGUUUCUAUCUAAAGGGUGUAUCUAUCACUAAUGAAAUGCAUGAUUAA